GCUGGAGCCAAGGCAGUUCAUUCCGCCAUGAAGCAAAACCAAUCCAUUUUGGAAAUGCCACACCCACCGCUGGUGCACCCGCCAAAUCGUUCCCCGGAAUGACUUCGCCACACUUCCGCUUUGUGCAACGCCUGCCCGCUUCCCUCUAUCUGUUCCCGGACAUGCCACACUUCCUGCCAGUCCUUCGCCUCCCCUUACUGUACUCCCCUCGCCCCCCCCUCCUUCUAAUCGAACGAGACGGGAAUCGAGGUCUCCUCCCUCCGUCUCAAAUGCAGCCGCUGCUUUUCCAGCCGGAGUGAGAGGAGGAGGAGGAGGAGGGGAUCCCUGCCGUUCCAGCUAAUUGCUGGUGGACCCCCCCCCCGCCCCGGCCGCGCCUCCAUUUCCUCUGCUUCCUCCGCGGUCCUAGCGCUCCGCCACAUGGAGCCGCAGCGAAAGGGGAAAGCCCAUAGACAAAGGAGAGAGCAGGCAGCACCCUCUGGAAAGAUGGCUGAAGGAGAAGGAGGAGAAAUGGGUGUGGAAGUGAAGCUGGAGGAGGAGGAUGAAGACGGAGAGGCUGGCUACAUCCAGUCCGGGCGGCGCUACAGGUGCCUGACCUGCAGCAAGACCUUUCCUAGCGUGCCACGGGUGUUGCGUCAUCUAAAGUCCCAUGUGGCUGGUACUGUGGACAGCAUAGCUGCCAAACUCGCUUGUCCUAAUUGCAGGAAGGAGUUUCCUGACCGGGCCCAACUCCGCAAACACCAGCUCAGCCACCAGACCGAGCGCCCGUACCAAUGCCAGCUUUGUGCCAAGGCUUACAAAACCGCCCCUGAGCUGCGUAACCACGGGCGCAGCCACAGCGGUGAAAAGCCCUUCGUUUGCCAUGAAUGCGGCAAGGCCUUCAUGCAGCCGGUUUGCCUGCGGGUCCACAUGGCCCGGCACACUGGAGACCUGCCCUUCCGCUGCCAGCAGUGCCACAAGGGGUACGGCACUCUUUCCAAGCUGAAGAUCCACCAGCGCUCCCACACAGGUGAGAAGCCGUAUUCCUGCGGCGAAUGCGGCAAGCGCUUCGCGGAUCCCUCGGUGUUCCGGAAGCACCGCCGUACCCACGCCGGCCUCCGCCCCUAUCAGUGUGAGGUUUGCCACAAGACAUACGCAGAGCUGAAGGAUCUCAAGAACCACGAGCGCUCCCACACCGGCGAGCGUCCCUUCUUGUGCCAGGACUGCGGAAAGGCCUUUUCCCGCUCCUCGUCACUGGCCUGCCACCAGCGCAUCCACGCAGCCCACAAGCCGUACCGCUGCAACCUCUGUGGCAAAGGUUUCACCCAGCUGUCCUCCUUCCAGAGCCACCAGCGGACUCACUCCGGGGAGAAGCCCUUUCUCUGCCCGCAGUGCGGGCGCAUGUUCAGCGACCCCUCUAGCUUCCGCCGGCAUCAGCGAGCCCACCAGGGCCUCAAGCCCUAUGCCUGUGACAAGUGUGGGAAGGCCUUCCGCCAGCCAGCCGACCUGGCCAUGCAUCAGCGCAUCCACACGGGUGAGAGGCCCCACAAGUGCUCCCAGUGCGACAAGAGCUUUGUGGCUUCGUGGGACCUCAAGCGCCACCUGCUGGUGCACUCGGGGCAGCGCCCUCACCAGUGCGGGGAGUGCGGCAAGAGCUUUGCCGAACGGGCCAGCCUCACCAAACACUACCGCGUGCACUCGGGCGAGCGGCCGUUCAAGUGCGGGCGCUGCGGCAAGGCCUUUGUGGUGUCAUCCAGCCUUCGGAAGCACGAGCGCACCCAUGGCAACGAGAACAGCGAUGACAAGGCCGUCCCCCUGGGCAAUCAUGACCCGCCCCCUAGCGACCCGUCAGCCAUCGUGGUCGCCACCGUGGUGCCUGCCUGUGGGGAGUGCGGGGAGGCCUUUGCCUCCACCCAAGAGCUGCGCCGCCACGAACGCCUGCUGCACCCCGGCCUGCGCCCGUUUCCGUGCCCAGAAUGCGGCAAAGGCUUCUCGGACCGGGCUGGCCUGCGUAAGCACGAGCGGAUCCACUCGGGGGUCCGCCCCCAUGCCUGUCCCCACUGCUCUAAAGCCUUCUUGGGUGCCUCAGACCUGCGCAAGCACCUCAAGACCCACGUGGCCCUGGAGAACAGGAGCUCUGACGAAACCGUGAUGACCGCCACCAUCACCACCUACGAGUCCCUCCUUCCUGCUCAUCUCCAUCCCCAUGACGACGGGACGGAGACUGACAAGGAUUCUCCCUCGGACUGCCUGCCUGACCCCCUCACGGAACCUUCUUAAGCUCCGCCUCCCUCCCUGGCCCUGCCUGUGAUUGGGCGAAAAGGAGCUGGCUUGGCUGCCUGAAAGCCCUUUGCAUACUUUGAUGAAUGCACAGUCUUGCCUUGUUGAUGUAAUGUGUGAACCACACUCUUUCAGGGCCUCCCAUCCAGCAUGGCUCUCUGGCACUUCUUUCCAAACAGGGCCAGGUGUGCUUCAUCAGUCAGUGUGUGUGGUUGCCCUUUCUCCUGCCCUCCAUUUUCACCCACGCCAGACAUUCACUUGCCUGCCCGGUGGGGAAUUAAAUGUG